GAGAAAUUAUCUUAGCUUUCGUCAUGAGUGAUAACAGCCCAGAAUAUAGUUCCAUGAAGCGAACGCGGGUUGCUUGUGAAACAUGCAGACGCAAGAAGAUCAAGUGUAGUGGUUCAAAUCCUUGUUCCAACUGUCAACAGCUGAAGGAAACCGAAUGUGUAUAUAUUGAAAAGCUCAGAAAGAAGCUGCAUCAUGACAAGUCGAUAAGCAAACGGUCAAGUACUUUCAAAGCCGUAAAAACCUUGGAGCAUAAACUAUCAAGAUUGGAAGGUUUCAUGAUGGAUAUGUCCGAAAAGUUAGACUAUAUGGCUGGUUUAGGUUCAGGUUCUAAGCUGAACACCUUAAAGGGAGGCUUGAAGGAUAAUGACAACUCGACUGAUAGCUCCGAAAGUGGUUCAUCAGAUUACGAAGAAGAUGAAUACACCGAUGAAGCUGAUCUUAAUGACCAAGAAGAAGAUGACCAGAAAAGACCCGAUUUCGCCGAUACAGAGUAUGGUAAGAACGGACACCAUCAAAUCAAAACCGUCCAUGAAACGACAGAUAAGUAUGGCAUUAUUUCAAAGCUAUCUGAACUUUCCAGGAAGGGUAAGCGUAAUAGUAACAGAAAAAGCUAUACGAUUUAUAAUAUGAGACAAACGUUCUUUGAAACACAUUCAUUUUUUCUGGUGUGUUCACCUCGAUCAUUACAGUGGAUUAGCCGUUCGUUGGCUCCAUCUAAAAAGAAAGUCCUUGAUCAGUUCAAUAAGUUCCCAUACUUCCUUUACACGCGGUCCAAUAAGUUUCUAGCCAAAUGGACGGACCCUGUACUUAUUACACCCGAAAAUAAAACCAGACUUUUGGAACGGCCUCUUCCAGAGGACAGAGCCUUAGCUUUUAGCCUUUUGGAGCAUUGUAAACCACAAAUGGUGUUUGAAGAGUACCUUAUUUCUCCAGAAUCUACCCGAGUCUUGUUUGACAGAUAUUACAAGAAGGAGAAGAUGCUUGCUUCAGAGCUUUUGAUAUUGUGCUCCUUAAUGUACAUAUUUAUAGGAGCCAGCCUUGACGAACGUGAGGGAAACAUCGAGUCUGAUAAUAGACAGAUUUCUCUUUGCAAUACUCCAACAUUGGAUGCUUACGGUGAGGAUGAUUUAAUUAAAUUACAGUCUCAAUUCUUGGUUAGCUCCAUUCACUAUUAUCAGAAGGUUAGUGUCAUGAGUGAAGGUGUCUCAACUGUUCAAGCAAUUCUUUUGUUCAUAAUCUACUUGGAGCUCACGUUGGUAAAGUCUACUGCCAACUAUAUCUUGGCUGCUGUUGCCGUAAGAUUUGCCCAAGAAAUAGGUUUACACCGAUGCGAGUCGUUUGAAGGGUUACCAAUAGAAGAAGUGGCAUUCAGAAGAAAACUUUGGUGGUUUUGUGAAUAUUUGGAUAUAGAAAUCUGUUACAGACAUGGAAAGCCUCCUUUGAUUAACCCAGCUGAUGUCUCGACGUUGACCAGGAAAGAUUUUAUUUCGGGCUCUACCGUUAAAAAUUUACCUUUUAAUAUUAAUACUGACAACCACUUGGAUCCUAAAUUGUUGAAGUUUCUUUUAGAAGAGAAAGGGCUCGAUGUAUACUUCGGUCACUUUAUGAGCCUUUUAAACAGGUUAAGAUUUGAAGCGUAUUCCAAAUUGUUCAGUGCUAGUUCUUGUGAUCAUUCAUUUACCGACAUCAUUUAUAUCUUGACAUCCAUGAAUAAGAAAAUGUGGGAACUUGGAUCAAGCAUGAGUCCGGAACUCAGACCACGGUUCUAUAAUGAUUCGGAAUUUGGUAAUCUGGCGCUUUUCCAAAAUAAGACAAUUGAAGACGGUCAAUUAGUGAUGCUAUUGUCAUUCCACCUAGCGUUCUUUACGCAAUUAAUGACAAUGAAUAGAUUAAUCACUAGGUUGAAAUGUGAUCCUCAUGAAAUCGAAAUCAAAAACUCUGAAGCCAUAUAUCUCAGAGACCUUGCUUCGGAUAGUGCCAGAACCAUAGUGCAUAUAACAUUGAGAACUGUUCGCAAUACAAUUUCGGCUUCAAACCUCAGUUGGUUGAUAUUCUAUCUGUCUGCUGCUGUCUUGGAUAUUUUGCAACUGUGUUUAAAUAAACCUAAAAGUGAAGACACUGUAUCGGAUAUGGAACUUUUGAUUGACGGCAUGAUAAAUUGCCUGGUAAAACAACUUUUCAGAAAUCCACCUAAAAAUGGUGAAAUGUUUAAUCAAAUUGAUUCUGUUAUGUGUUUGGUUACCUUUAUUAUGUUGCAAAUGGGAAUACGAAUUGUAGAAAGCCAGUCCAAACGUGUUUUCUUUGACAAUAACCCUUAUUUGAUUCAAAUCCUGAAUCACUUUAUGGCCCUUUUCCCUGAGCUAUACCAAAAGAAGCGGGCCGAUCCAAUCUUGAGAGCUGAAAUAGUUAAUCCCGCUACACAAUCAGACCGUUCAUCAACUGCCAGUGACCUUAUUGGAGACUCUAAGUCGAACUUCACUGCUACUACAGCUCCAUCCACAGAUAGUACUGGAAACAGCAUGAAUAGUUUCGGUGAAGUUUCACCAAUGGGUUGCCCAGGAUUGAUUCCAGGACCAACAGGUUACCUUUCAGUUCAUGAUCCCAAGAACCCAUUAAUAAACCUGGUUUGGGAUUCCAAAGUGAGCCCUAAUUACGGAAAUUCACCUAGCCCUUCCACCUAUUUCUCCGGUAAGAUUCCAUUGGGAGAUCCCGAAUUUAAUGAAGCACUUGAUCGCGUGUUUGGUGGGGGAACCCCCAACUUCUUCUACGACAACAGCAUUGGUUUAUGAAAAACAUUUAUUUAUGAAUUCUUUCGAAGUUCAUCUAUGGUAACGUGUAUAUAGUCAAACAAUCAGCUUUAGUUCAAAUUUAUAUGUAUCCCUGGACUUGUACAACGAUUUAAGACUAAUUAAUAAUACAUUGGUCUAUACAUAUAUGUAUAUAUUAUAGGGAGUGGUGACAUCGAGCCAUAUUAAGCUUUGUUGCUGGUAUCAUUAGCGAAGACACCUUCGGUAUUCUCUUCCUGGUUGUGGGAGGAUUCAUCAUUGGAUUUGACGAUUGAAGAGUCUUCUCUCAAUUCGUUUUGUUCCUUUUCAAAGUCACCGUCGUACAAGCCCAAUUGGUUACCAUAUUCUUCAAUUUCAGUUAAAGAUAACUUGGGCAAAGUAGCAGCAACUCUCCAUGGUUGUCUCUUAUCAACAUAGGCCUUUGCAAAGAUAAUAUCAAUUUCUUCCAAUUGUCUACCAGCAGUUUCAGGGUAGAAAAAGAAAAUGAUAGGAACAAAGGCAAAGUUCAUAGCAGCGAAAAACAAGUAACAACCCCAGUUAGAUUUGGCAAUGAAAAUAGGAGUAAACAUAACAACAGCAAAGUUACAGAUCCAGUUGGUACAAGUAGAGAUAGCAGAAGCAAGAGUUCUGGUUCUCAAUGGGUUGAUUUCUGGUGGAUAUAUCCAUGGUAAAGGCAAGAUGGUAAAGGCAAAGAAAACGAUAAACAAAAACAAACCAACGGCUGCACCCUUAGCAGUUUGUUUAGUUUCAUGAACCAAACAUCCAAAAGCAAUGAGGAAAGAACAGCCUUGGCCAAUGGCACCAAUCAAGUACAAGUUUCUUCUUCCUAAAGUAUCAAUCAAAAAGAACGAAGGAAUCGUAGCAAUGGCGUAAACGGUAGCAAAAACACCACCUAAAACCAAAGCUAACCUUCUGUCCAAAUCAAUGGUUUGUUCGAAUAACACAGUGGAGUAGUAAAUAGCAGCAUUACAACCGGUGAAUUGUUGGAAAAACUGACCAAUAGAACCAAGCAUCAUUCUUUGGAAAUGUUGGGUCUUACCACCGGUGAACAAGUCUUUGAAACCAACUUGCUGCUUGUCGAACCUGUUGACAGCAUCGGCAAUAACAGUAAUUUCAGCCAAAACUUGGUCAGAUUCUGGUUCAACAUCGUUCAAAGCACCCAACACCAACAAAGCAUCAGGCUUUCUGUCGUGAGCAAUUAACCAUCUUGGAGAUUCUGGUAAUUGCAGCAUUCCAAAUAACAACAUUAAGGCAAAAAGAAUCUGCAUGGCAACUGGAAAUCUCCAUGAUACCGAGGUGUUAACAUAACUCAAUCCAAAAUCUAACCAAUAGGCAAUGAAGGUACCCACGGCAAUAACAGAACCCUCCAAGUUUACCAAUCUACCUCUGUUUUCAGCUCUGGACAUUUCAGAUUGCCAAACUGGAAUAGUGGCAGUGUUCAACCCGUUACCAAUACCAGUGAUGACUCUACCGAUAACAAAUUGGCCCAAACCCCAAGAGUCCUUGAAUGCUGCGACAGAAAUAACUGUACCAAUGAUGAUAAUUACAGAACCACAAAGAACCAAUGGCCUUCUACCGUGUCUAUCACCUCUGACCAAGGCAUAUAUAGCCCCAAAGAAACAACCAAUUUCAUAACAAGAAGUGACAGCUCCUUGGUUGACACUAUCGUUCAAAGUAGCAGGGAAUUCUGAGUUAAAUUGAGGAGCAGUGAUAAUACCAGACAUUAAACCUUGAUCAUAACCGAACAAGGAAAACCCAGUAACAGCUGUUGCGGUGAUGGCAACUCUUAAUGCUCUUCCUCUCAAGCCAAAAGUAUUGGUUUUAGAAGCAAUACUCCAAACCAUGAUUAAAAUUAAUGAGUAUGAUAAAUAGGAAAAUUUGCAAUUAAUUCC